AUGGCACGUCCACGCCGGACCUCAAGCAACCUUGGGGGUGAUCCCCGGGGAGACACCAGCGCACCCGCAUUCGCUACUAUGGCAGCGCGACCAGUUGGGCAGACUUCUGCAAGCGGAAAGGACGGCAAGCCUCACUCGAAGAGACGGAAAGCAAGGUCGGCCUUUGAAAAAUGGAAGCAAAUAUCCUUGCGGCACACCUGGAUCAACCCGCUCAUCCUCACCGUUGCGAUCCUUAUUGCCUACUACGUCAAUCCCGGAGAGCAGAACCCUCUUCACAAAGCGAUUUUCUUGUCGUAUAACCUCGGGCCUGACUAUCCCGGCGGACCAGACAUGUACGGCAAGGGAAAAGCAGAUAUUGCCUUCGUGGCCUUUUACACCAUCGUCCUGAGCUUCACGAGAGAAUUUUGUAUGCAAAGAAUUAUUCGUCCCGUUGCCAUCUGGUGUGGCAUCAAAAAGAGAGGGAAGCAGGCACGCUUUAUGGAACAAGUGUACACGGCCAUGUACUUUGGCAUUUUUGGGCCUUUUGGACUCUAUGUCAUGUCGAGGGGUUCUCUAUGGUACUUCAAUACCACCGCAAUGUUCGAAGGGUUUCCUCAUCGAAAGCAUGAGGGUGUGUUCAAGGCAUACUACUUGUUGCAGGCGGCCUACUGGGCGCAGCAAGCCCUCGUCCUCAUGCUGCAACUGGAAAAGCCCCGGAAGGACUUCAAAGAGUUGGUCUUUCAUCAUAUUGUCACCGUCGCACUCAUUGCACUGAGCUACCGCUUUCACUUUGCUAAGAUGGGGAUUGCCGUCUACAUCACCCACGAUAUCAGCGAUUUCUUCCUCGCGACCUCCAAAACACUGAAUUAUUUGGACUCGAUCAUCGUAGGGCCCUACUACUUGCUCUUCAUGUGUAUCUGGAUCUAUCUUCGCCACUACAUCAACAUCCUCAUUUUGUGGGCGACCCUCACCGAAUUUCGAACAGUCGGACCUUACGAGUUGAACUGGGAGACUCAGCAAUACAAGUGUUGGAUCAGCCAGAUCAUCACGUUCUCUCUCCUCGCUUGCCUUCAAGCAGUCAACCUGUUCUGGUUGUUCUUGAUCCUGCGCAUCGCCAAAAACUUUGUCUUCUCGAAUAUCAAGGCCGAUGAACGAAGUGAAGAUGAGGAGGAAGAGGAGGAGGGAGAGAUCGAAGAUGCCCACAGCGGAGCAAAGAAGGCUUUGGAAAACGGGAAAAUCGGUGGUGAUAAACCAGUGGUUCUCGUUAAUGGGGAGCCUGUCGAAGCUGUGGCCACAUCAGAUGGAGUGCGGGAACGAAAGAGGAAGAGCUGA